AUGCAAGCAAAACAAUGUGACUGGCUGCGUGAACCCAUUUCUUCUCCUGCUGAAUUGCAGACAUAUCAAAAUCUAGUGCUUCAUCGUGGACAUACCAAUUUCGCAUUUAUUAUUUUGGAUGUUAUGGAUAAAAACAGUACUCAUUCGGAUAGUUCAUGGCCACCAAACUUUUGGGGUCAGAUGAUAAUAGCCUUCUCAGUGUCCAUGGUGAUUGGAUUGGUGAUUGGAGGGAUAAUCUGGGCUUUGUUUACUUGCCUGUCCCGUCGCAGAGCCAGCGCACACAUUUCGCAGUGGAGCUCGUCAAUCUCUAGCCGCCGUUCCAGACCUCCUUCUCAGGGCCAUGCUGCCAACAGGACUGGAUUCUACCGGAACAACAGCUGCGAACGCCGAAGCAAUCUCAGCCUGGCCAGCCUCACCUUCCAGCGGCAAGCCUCCCUGGAGCAAGCCAACUCCUUCCCAAGAAAGUCAAGCUUCCGAGCCUCCACCUUCCACCCCUUUUUGCAAUGCCCUCCGCUCCCUGUGGAAACUAACAGUCAGCUGAUUACUCUGGCUCCCACCAGCCCCACCACUACCCUUGUGGGGAACACCACCAACAGCUUAACUCGUCCUGAAUUCCACUGGUCCAACAACAGCCUCCGCAUCUGUCAUUCAACACAAACACCUCCUCCUGCCUAUGAGACCAUCAUUAAAGCUUUUCCAGACUCUUGAACUGGAGUCUUCCUUUAUUUCGUUAAAAGGAGGACUCUCUGUUGUCUAAAGCAGAUUUUCUGUAUGCUCUGAAGGCCUCUGGGAAGUUCCCUGGUGCUGCGGCAUGCCGCAGGCAAACAGAAGGGACAUGUGCAGAUGACGUUGAUUUGCUAGGGCAAGGUGUGGUAUCCUGCAGCCACAAGGAUCUUACCCUCCCCCCCCAACUUAACUGGUCUGCAGUGUAAUUCUGUAUCUAUAUUAUACCUUUAAUUUGUAAUCAUUGUAAGGCUUUUAGUUUAGAAGAAAGAAACUUCUGCAGUCUACAAAACUGGCAACUUAAAUGAAGAAACAAGCCACAUUAGGAACCAUCUGUUGAUAGGUUUCAGAGUAGCAGCCGUAGCUCACGAAAGCUCAUGCUAAAAUAAAUUUGUUAGUCUUUAAGGUGCAACAAGUUCAUCUGUUGAUAAUCGCUUACUAAUUUCCUGCAAAGUUCACUCAUUCAUUGUGUUUGUUAGAAACCCUGUUUUUGUACAUUUGUCUGUGAGUCUUACAUUUUCAUUAGAUACUUUCCUUCAUCUCUUACAUUCUGGGUUGCUUCUAUGCCUCCUGAACCACAGGGUUUCCUAUAGCUCAGGAAUCCCUUGGCAGAAGUAGAGUUUAAAGUGAUUUUAGUGUCACAGUCUUGUGGCAGGUACUAGGGCCCCUGUUUUGAUAUUUGUAGGGGGCUCCAAAUGACCACUGGCCAGUCCUGUUUACAACAAAUUCCCAAAAAUAGAGCAAAAAAGAAGGAGUAUCCCAAAAUUUGUGCAAUGGGAGAAAUUUCUAACCAACUGAAAAAAGAAUAACUCUAUAAAAGGACUUCAUCCUGCAACCUAGCAGGGAUCACAUUUUAUUACCCUAUAAGGUUACAAGGAUACUAGGCUUGGUCCCCAAGAUAAACAACGUGAAUGGCAACUAUUUUUUAUUUGAGCUUCCUGUUUCUGUAUGGGAAUAGUCAUUUCCUUUCUUUAAAUUGUUUCUCAAUUUGUACCAGUGUUUUAUCCUUCCUGGUGUGUAAUACAGUGGAAAUCCUGCAUUUUGCUAAAAGAAAAUUUCUUAGACAUCUAGGGUGAAAUCCUGGCCUGACCAAAUUCAAUGUCAAAACUCCCAUUGACUCCAGGAUUUCAACCCUUCAGUCUAUAAUUAAGAAACUGCUUUAGAGUAUGAAGAUGCUUAGGACAGAUUAAUGCCCAUUUUGGAUUGUCAGACCUGUAGAGCUAUUAUAACAUACUGGCCCACUGGCUCAGAGGUGACCAAUUGCACUCACAUGGGAGAAGUCAAAGCUUGGAAGCAACAGAGAUAGCACAGACACAUGGAUCUGCAAUGGGAGCUGGUUCAUUUCUAAGGUGGUGCAUUUGAACACAGAAGAGCAUUUCAGUUUAGAGAGUACCACCUGCUGUGCCAGGCCGGAUUAACGCUCCUGUGGGCCUGGGGCUAUUAGAUUUUGUGGGGUCCCUAUAUACAAGUCU